AUGAGUGAAUUCAUAAUAAAAUAAGGAACUGUUUAUUAGUGAUACUAAUGGAGAUAUACGCUCAAAUUAUGAUCUGUCAGACAAACCGUUAGGCACUGACAAGACUACGGGAGAAAAGAGAGCAGUUAAAGUGAUUAAAAAGGCUAAAAUUAAGAAUUUCAAACGUUUUCAUAAUGAAAUUUAUGCAUUAAAAACUUUAGAUCAUCCUCAUAUUAUUAAACUUUAUGAAAUUUAUAAAGAUGAAGAGAACAUCUAUCUUGUUCAGGAAUUGUGCACAGGAGGAGAGUUAUUCGAUUAUAUUGUAGAACAAGAGUUCCUAACAGAAGAGAUCUCCGCCAAAAUAUUCCAACAAAUUAUGCAAUCUAUCAUGUAUUGUCAUAAAAAUAGGAUAGCUCAUAGAGAUCUUAAACCAGAGAACUUCAUGCUGAAGUCUAAAGAUGGUGAGCUUUGAGUAAAGCUCAUAGACUUUGGUCUCUCCUGCUCUUUCAUGAGCUUCGGGUCUACUGGCUCAGAGAAACUAAAAAGGAUGACUACCAAGGCUGGAACCCUCUUUUUUAUGGCACCAGAAGUUAUAAAUCACAGUUAUAGCAGCAAGUGCGAUGUUUGGUCCGCAGGAGUUAUUUUAUAUAUUAUGUUGUGUGGGUACCCACCCUUUGCUUCCGAAGAUGAUACCGAAACGAUAGAUUUAAUACAACAAGGUGAAAUUGAGUUUGAUGAUGAUGCUUGGGGAGAAAUUUCUGAUGAAGCAAAGGACUUGCUCUCUCAAAUGUUAUCAUCUGAAAAAACCCGGCUUUCCUCUAAGAAGUGCCUUUCUCAUCCAUGGAUAAAGAAGUAUGCUAACGCCAAAACCAAAGGUAAAAUCCUCGAUACACAAAUUGCCCGUUUAAGAGAAUUCCAGCAUAACUCUAAAUUCAAAAAGGUGAUACUCUCCUACCUUUCGACAAGAGUUAAUGAUGAUGACAUUAAACAAGAGAAAGAACUAUUUGCUUCUAUUGAUCAAAAUAAUGAUGGGUAUAUUACAGUUAAAGAGUUGCAAGAAGUUACUAAAGAUACUCUCUCCGAGGCCGAGAUUAAGAAUAUUUUACUCUAAGCGUAGACUUAGAUAAAAAUGGUGCGAUAAACUACUCAGAAUUCAUUGCUGCUACAAUGAACGAAAUGAUUACAAAAGAUGCUUCCAAAAUGAAAUCAGCUUUUAAUUUCUUUGAUAGAGAUAGUAAUGGCACGAUAGACAAGCACGAUUUGAAAGAGAUUCUUAAGAAGAAUGACGGUGACGAAAUUGAUGAACAACUGAUAAACUAUAUCGAUGAAGUAGUCGACGAGUGCGAUCUUAACGGAGAUGGCAAGAUUGAUUACAAAGAGUUUUAUAGAUGAAUGAGCACAAAACCUAGCUAA